UUCAGUUCUAUUAAUCAAUCCAUCUUGUGCAGUUGGUGUUCGCCGUGUUUAUCGCGGAUUUUGUCUCUAAUUGACAUUUCUUUACUCGUUUAUUUUCGUGUCUUGUAAAAAGAGUGAAGGGAAACUUUAUAAAAUAUAACACGAAAAAUUUUACAAGUGAACUCUGGAGCACUAUGACUGUGGUGUAAAUAGUGUUUAUAGCAAGGAUCGCGAUCCUUUUUUUCUUUAUAGACAGUUGUUGAACUUUGUAAUCAUGGUCCAGGAAUACGUUUCUCCUGUGAGGGUACAUAAGUAUCCCUUCGAAAUGGUGAUGGCCGCAUACGAGAUGCGGUUUCCCAGCUGCCCGCAGAUUCCUGUGGUGAUAGAUUGCGUCAUCACCGAGGACAGCUGGACGGCAGACGACUCACAGCGAGACACCAUCAGGAGAUGUCAGCUCAAUGUGGAGGCGCCUUACUUGCUGAAGAAGAUGAUCGGUGUUGACUACGUGUACUUCAUUCAGAAGAACCACCUGGACCUCAAGAGCAGGAUACUAGAGAUCGAAGCCACCAACGAGACCUUCGCCGCCAGGGUCGGGGUUGUCGAGAAGUGUCGAUAUUUUGUGCAUCCAGAGAACCCGGAAUGGACGUGUUUCGAGCAGAGCGCCUUGCUUGAUGUGACCAACUUCUUCGGCUUUGAGAACACCGUCGAGAAGAUCGCCAUGAAGCAGUACGCCGCCAAUAUUGCUAAAGGGAAGGAGCUGAUCGAAGAGUUCAUGAAGGAGGUCACCGCUGCUGGGAUAACGGACCUCCGGCCGUGGAAGGCGUCGGACCCCGCGCACAACCGCGAGCUGAGGCGGGUGGUGUCGCGCGGCACCGAGCCCUUGUCGCCGCGACCCAUCGCCGAGACGAAGAAGCAUUCUAUACCAGAUCAAUACACCCUGGACAGCGAGUACAUAAAGCGGUACCUGGGGGAACUGACGCCCAUGCAGGAGUCCAGGCUGCUGCAGCUCAGGAAAUGGAUCGCCGACUUACAGAAGGGAAAGGUGCCAAGCGAUACAACGUUGCUCCGUUUCCUUCGGGCGCGGGACUUCAGCGUGGAAAAAGCUCGAGAAAUGCUCUCCCAGUCGUUACUCUGGCGUAAGAAGCACCAGGUGGACCGCAUCCUCUCCGAGUACGAGACCCCGGACGUCGUCAAGCAGUACUUCCCUGGCGGCUGGCAUCACCACGACAAGGACGGACGUCCACUAUACAUUCUUCGACUGGGACAAAUGGAUGUUAAGGGAUUGCUGAAAUCUAUUGGAGAAGAUGGACUCUUGAAGUUGACGCUUCACGUUUGUGAAGAGGGUUUAAAACUACUGGAAGAGGCGACUCGUUCUUCAGAACACGCGAUUCAAUCCUGGUGUCUCCUCGUGGACUUGGACGGCUUGAACAUGAGGCAUCUCUGGAGGCCCGGAGUCAGGGCUUUGCUGAGGAUAAUACAGAUCGUGGAGGCGAAUUAUCCGGAGACGAUGGGAAGGGUGCUCAUUGUGAGAGCGCCGAGGGUCUUCCCGAUCUUAUGGACUAUUGUUAGCACUUUUAUAGACGAAAACACUCGCAGUAAGUUCUUGUUCUACGGCGGCAAGGACUAUUUGCAACCCGGUGGGUUACUCGACUACAUCCCCAAGGAUCUCAUUCCUGACUUUCUCGGCGGACCUUGCAAGAGUUUCGUCCACGAAGGAGGUCUGGUGCCGAAGAGCUUGUACGUGAGCGGUGCGUUCACGGAGCGCGAUGGAGACCCCCUCAGCGAAGACAGUAUCUACCGAUCCGUCAGCUUGGGGAAGGCACAGGUACAUGAAGUGAUAGUGCAAAACCGCGACCCCCAGAGUGUCCUGACGUGGGACUUUGAUGUGCUGCGACACGACAUCUCAUUCACCGUGUACCGGAGCGACCGGGAAUUGGAUCUUCCUGACCAUGCUGCUGCGGACUGCGUGGGCGGGGCCGGUGCGGAGGAGCACCGCUCGGUGCUGGAGCGCUGCGGGUGGCGGGAGGGGGAGCACUACCAGCGCGUCGAGCCCACACUUGUGUGCCACGACGGCGAGAGCAUACAGGGUUCUCACGUGAUGUCAGAGAGCGGCAGCUACGUGCUGCAGUGGCGAUGUGAGGCGCUGGAUGGGUCGCGGGCCGCGCAGCUCAUGUACUUCCACGAGACCCUCGCCAGCCACCAUUACAGGGGUUCUAUGUCCAGCUUGCAAUCGGCAAUCAGCGGGUUCUCGUGUCUCAGCGGCAAGUCGCUCAGCAGUUCCUGCCCGUCCAGGUGAUGCGCGCGCGCCGCCCCCGCGCCGCUGUCCCCGCCACAAAUGUCCCCACCACAGAUGUCCCCGACGCUCUCGCCCCCUCUGUUAUAAGACCCGGGGACAACCGGUAAUACUGGGGCUAAACGGUAACAUUAGGGGCCUACGGUAAUACUGAAGGCGAACAGUAAUACUUUGAUAAACAAAUGGUGAAAGAGGUACUAAAGUAGUUUCUACAUAAUAAUAAAUGAAUAAUAAUAAGGCAAAGGCCAUAAUCUUUAAUAAAGACUUUUAAUUGUACGUAUUGUACGCGUAAUUCUAUGGUUCUCAAAGAAUUCUGGUGAUGACGUAACGUUAUCACAUACACUAUUGCUGGAUUGGAUCAUUUGCUGGGGUGAAGUGAUAAUACUGGAGGAACUAAAAUAUGAUGGUAGAGGAACUUUGGUAGUUCUGAAAUGUCUUUCUCAUAGUAAUAAGAAAGUUCUUAAUCUUGAAUAUUGACUUCUAAAUGUGCGCAUUUUAUGCGUGACUAUUACUAACGUAAUAAAAUAUUUAUUGGUACCGUAACUUCAUUAUAAAUGUUGUAUACUCCUAUUGUGCUCUGCACGGCUUUAUUGGUGCAGAUCGUGCGGUUGAACGGUAAGACUAUGGUGUGUAGGUAUAGAGCGCAAUAUAGAGCAUAUUGAUAAUAUUCUAAAAUGACCAUGGCAUACUUAAAAGUUUUAUACUUUACCUGAGUUACUCGAACUCUUAUGUAAUAUUUAUAAUUUUAUAUUAUUUCACUCUUAGACUUUGAGGAAAUAAUUGUACCUUAAACCUUUGUAGUUUUGUGAUGUUAAUGAAACUUAGAGGUUUAUUGUAAUGAGUAAGUAUGAUUCAUGGAAUGAGCCGAUUUCAAAAUCAAGCCAUAUUAAUCAUUAUAUCUAAUAUAAAAUAUUAGAUAUGGCUUGACCACGAUAAUUUUUAGAUAACGAUUCUUGUAAUUUACAAAUAGAUAGAUUCACUAUUUUUAUAAGUUAAAAUGGAUCAAGUUAACUAAAAAAUAGUUAUUAAUCAUAAUCAGAUCGAUACAAUGAGACGUAUAAUAGUUACUAUGCUGUGUGUGUGAUGCUAUUAUAGUUAGGUAAUUACAUUUUUAAUAUGCGUAACCAUUGCUCUAUUCAACGUAUCAUACUUUUGUUUGUGAUUUUUUGACUAAUCUGGGAUUGGUAUAUAAAUUAUAAUUAUUGAAAGAUCAAAUUUUGGUACACAUUGGGGCAAUCUUUAAAUACCUUACGUAUUUUUGAAUUAUUUUGCUUAUUUACUUUGCAAACUGAUAACAUCGCCAAUCGAACGGAAAUUGUAUUAUUUUAUGUCCCUAUAUGGAAUUAGUUAUUGUUUAUCUAGAAGUAAUGCCGUAUUACCCCUAUCAUGAAAUUUUGGGGAAAUGUGGUAAUAAUUUAGUGAAAAAUUAGUCAGUGAAUCCCAUUUAAUCUGACAUGAAAAUUCUACAUUAUCGUGAUGAAAUUAGGUAGUUUAUCUAGAUGUUGACAACUAUGACUAAACAUAGAACCUUUACAUUAUUUCAAAUGAGUCUAAUAAUAAAGACUAUGUAUAUACAAGCUUCACUAUUACUAUACUAAAGAUGUUAUAAGUAAUAUAUAAAUUAUGUUAUAUGACCAAAGCUUGAUCAUACAGUUCAGAAACGAACUGAUCUAAUAAUUGCGGAGCGCUCUCAAAAUUUUUGUUUGUGAAAUCGAGCAAGCAGGCAAUAUUUCUUAUUUCAUACUUCGUUACUUAUUUAUAUUUAACCCGGUUAUCUGAAUAAUCUUAUUAUAAUUAUUUAUCUAAUAAACUUUUUUUUGUAUCGACUCAUGACUUUAAUAGCUUUAUCUUACCUCAAUUCCUUAUAAAACUUUUUCACCCUAGCAGCCUAUGGUAAUAAAAUAAUGUCUUUUCCUUUAUUCUUUAGAUUUCACAAGGCACAUACUAUGUAUUUCAGUUACUGUCUAUAACUCAGAUAAAUUGCAAGAUGAGCUUAAGGACUUUAAAAAGUGCCCCUGAAAAUACAAGUAAGAUAUAAGUAAAAACGUAAGUUUAACAACGCAAUGUGCAAAGUGUACUUCCUUAUUUUUGUUGUUGUUAACAAAAUUAAAUCAAAGCUUCUGUCAUAUUUUGUACAUACAUAUUUUGUUAGACAGAAGCUACGUAUUUGGGUUCCAUCGUGGCAUUAUUUAUCAAGGGUAGGGCGGUAAUCAGUAAUCACCCGCGACGCGAUGUAAGUCCGUUUCGGAACUGUAUGAUAGCUAAACUGUGUAGUGACGUAUGUGAAUAGAGUCCAACGUGGAAUUUAAACAAUGUUAUCGUGUUAUUGCAAUAAAUUAUAUCGAUGACACAGCUCAGCGCUGAGCCGUUCUAAUUGUUGUCCUAACUUCAAGUAAAUAGAGUAUAUUUUUGAAUAAGUGGACAAUUACUUAGAUUUACGUAUAGUGUGUAAUAGUAUGUCUUAUAUUGAGUCGCUCGCAACGAUUAUUAGUUAUUAUAGUUUAAAUGUAAAAUGUAUUUGUAGCUAUACGUAUAUGUUAGAUAUUGCAAGGGUAUUUAAUUUUGUAGUAAUUCAUCAAAAUCGUUUUAGUUCUUCAAAAUAUUCUCGGUGGCGUGUAAAGUCUGCCAAUCUGCACUUAGCCAGCCUGGUUGGCCUGAACCUUUCUCAUUCUUAAAGCGAAAACUCGGGAAAGCGAUCCAGUUGACAUUUUCCGACAGCAAGAAUAUUAUUUGUGUUUUGGCCCAUGCCCAACUGCAUUUUACAGAUUUUGUAACCUGUGUCAACCAAAUUCGAGAUGGGUGGAAGUGCAUCGGGGCUAAAGCCUAGUUUCCACCUGAGUGGAGCGGAGAGAAAAUGUGUUCAGUUAACCAAUCAGAUUUUUAAGAUGAGAUGUGAAAAAUUAUUUCAUCAUCUUUCAAAAAAUCUGAUUGGUCGACUGAACACAUAUUCUCCUCUCCGCUCCGCUUAGGUGGAAACUGGGCCUUAUUGUCUUUAUUAUUGCGAGUGAUAAAGAGGACAAAAAUUUUACUCUGUAGGUCUAGUAGAAACAUUAAGGCAAACAAAGGUAAGGUACAAAGUUUGAUGAAUAUAAAAAGAAGCCUCCAUCGGAGCUAAUAUUUUUCUAAUGACGGCAAAAGAAUGGAUGUGCCUAAUAAACUAAAGGAAGUGCCUAGACAGCCACAAGCGGCUAAUUUGUGAUGACUACUAGCAUACUAGACACUUUCAAAUAAAAUUGAACCUUAUCAGUAUCAUUAAUAAGGAACAAAUUUUGAGAACUUCACCCCAGUGAAGUGAAAAAUAUCCGCCCCCCAGGGCAGAUAUUUUUUUAAACAAACGACCGUUUAUGACUAUCUAGACAUUUCCUAAAAAUUGUAAUGGAUUUUUUUUUGGAUUUUUGUAAAUACGUUUAUAUACUAUUGUCAUUUGUUUGAAAGUAAUAGAUUUAAUUGGAAUGGGUUUUUUAAAUGAUUUAGUAAAUAGUUUCUAAUUGUCACUUGUUAUAGAAAAAUACUAUUAAUAAUAACUAUCAGAUGUAUUAUAAAACAAUUAACUACAUGUUGCUCAUAGAAUUGAAAUUACGUAAUACGCGUAGAAAAUUAUAGUAUCUCAAUAUUUGAGGGUUAAUAAAUAAAUAGUAAUAAAUAG